AUGGCCAAUACCCGCUCAAGAGGAGGAGGAGAUGGCCCUCCUCCUCCUUCUGCUCCAGCUGCUGCUUCUGCAACCACCACAAGAAAGCUUGCCAAUGGAAGGGAGACCAGGAGCACCGCAGCCGCAGCUGCCGGUGCUCAGACACCAAACCUCAGGAGGUCCACUCGAGAAAACAAAGGAAAGCACAAAUCUAGACAACUUCCUGCCACGCUGUCUUCACACAAAUCUGCUAAAACGCCCGCCAAGGAUGCCACUGCAAUUGCCACCCCCAAAUCCACAUCCUCGCCAAACAACCCAAAAGACUCGACAAAAAAGCCCACCAGAGUUAGCAGGAACACAAUUGUUUCACCUUCUCCUUCAAAACAAGAUUCUAAUGGAACCUCAACGCCCGCCUCCACCAAAAGAAAAACCCAAGAUGAUGCUCAGGUUGCCUCUACGCCGUCCAAGAAGCAGAAAAGGCUCAUGCACGCAAAGAGCUACGUUGCGCUCUUCAAUACAGCAUUAGAAGAACCUGAGUCGCAAGUGCUUGCUCCCCUCAGGGAGGAUGAGGAAAAAGCUUCUGAGGUGCAACCGGAAGGAGAUGGUACUGUUUUGGCGCAUGAAGAAAGCAAUGCACCGGAACAACCUAAUCAGGAACCUUCAAAUGUGUCUGCUAGCGAGGUUUUGGGAGGUCACUCUUCUGACUUGCAUGAAACUGAGGUGAUAUUGGAGGGAGAUGGAUUGAAGAUUGGAUCCCAUCAGUCUGAUGUUGUUUUAGAGUCUUGCAUUCUUACUGAGACGUGCUCACUAAAUAAGGCAGUGGAAAGCAUCCCCAUGUUGGAAACUGGAGAGCAAGCUACUGGUCAUUCAAACCAGAACUCUCUACUAGAAUUGCAAAAUAGCGCUUGCUCUACUGCUCACCAUGAAGAGGCCAACAAGUCAGUGGAAGAUGGUGAUUCUAUUGGGAUUCAAGGUGCAUGCACUUCAAGGAAUAUUGAAGCUAUCCAAUGUGAUGAAACAGGUUACAAUGACAACAUUUGUGUUGGUUGCAGAAGUAGGGAAAUCUCAGAUAUUCUGAAGUCUUGUGGUGGAAAAGGAUGUAAACGACAUUACCACCUCUCGUGUAUGGAUCCUCCCUUGGACGUGUCCCUAGGAAUAUGGCUUUGCAUAAUGUGUAUAAAAAAGAGGCUUCAGUUCGGUGUAUAUUCAGUCAGCGAGGGAAUUGAAUCUUUAUGGGAUGUCAAGGAAGGAGCAGAGAACAGCAAGCAAUAUUUCGUUAAGUAUAAAAAUCUUGCUCAUGUACAUAAUCAGUGGGUUUCAGAAAGUGAUAUAGUUGAUAGCACCCCGCAAGGUUCUGAUCUUAUCUCCAAAUUUAGCAAGAGGAUUCAUAAAGAAAAGACAAUAAGGUGGAAGCAGGAAUGGGCUGAACCACACCGUCUGUUGAAGAGAAGAUUACUUAUGCCUCCAAUAGAAGCUGAAGUUUUUUUUAAUUCACUAGGUGAUAAAUUUGUAUACUGUAAUGUCGAAUGGCUAGUGAAAUGGAAGGAUCUGGGGUAUGAACAUGCUACAUGGGAACUUGAGUCUUCAUCCUUUUUAUGUACUCCUGAGGCUGAGGAGCUCAAAAGGAGCUAUGAGGACCGCUUUAAAGCUGCAAGAAAAGCAUCUGAUCCUUCAAAAGUAGACAAGGUUAAAGGGGGCAUAUUUCAGCAACUCCAGAGAUUGCCAGAUGGUUGCCCUCCUGGUUUAGAUGAUGAUCAUUUGAGAUCGCUUAACCAGCUUCGUGAGUUCUGGCACAAUUCUCGUGGUGCUGUUUUCAUCGACGAUCAGGAGCGAGUAAUUAAGACCAUUCUUUUUGUGGCAUCCAUACUGCCUCACAUCUGUCGACCACUUCUCAUUGUCUCUACUACUACUUCUCUCUCCUUGUGGGAGACUAAGUUCAAUCGCUUGGCAGCAUCCAUCAAUGUUGUUGUGUACAAUGGGGAGAAAGAUGUACGCAAAUCUAUUCAAGAUCUGGAGUUUUAUGAGGAUGGUUCUGUCAUGUUGCAAGUUCUCUUGUCCCACCCUGAUGCCAUCUUAGAGGACAUCGAAGCCAUUGAACGAAUUAACUGGGAAGCAGUUAUAGUCGAUGAUUGCCAAAACUCUAGAGUUUCAAAAUGCCUUGAACAACUUAAGCGACUUCCUACCAAUUUUAGGAUGGUUCUAUUGAGUUCCUCACUAAAGGAAAGUAUUGCUGAGCACAUCAAUCUGCUGUCUUUCCUCAACCCUGAAGAAAAUGGUACAUUGAGUGUUUCAAAUGGUGUUUCUUUUGAUACAGCUGGCACCCUAGCCGUUCUGAAAGCAAAACUUGCACGUUAUGUUGCCUUUGAGCGGAAGGCAGAUUCUUCAAAGCUUUUAGAGUAUUGGGUUCCUGCCCGCCUUUCACCAGUGCAACUAGAGAUGUACUGUUACAUAUUACUAUCGAACUCCCCAGCCCUUAGAUCACAUUCUAAAACAGAUAGUGUUGGUGCUCUUCGCAACAUUCUUAUAUCCCUUCGGAAGUGUUGUGACCACCCUUAUCUCGUUGAUCAAUCACUACAAAGCACACUUACCAAGGAUCGCCCUAUAACUGAUAUCCUUGAUAUUGGAGUGCGUUCAUGUGGCAAGUUGCUGCUUCUUGACAGAAUGCUCCAACAGAUCAAGAUUCAAGGUCUUAGAGUUCUUAUUCUUUCGCAGUCUGGUGGUGGAUCUGGCAACCCUAUGGGUGACAUUUUGGAUGACUUUGUUCGUCAGAGAUUUGGUUACGAGUCAUAUGAACGUGUGGAACGUGGAUUGCUACUGCAAAAGAAACAGACAGCAAUGAAUAUGUUCAAUGACAAAACUAAGGGGCGAUUUAUUUUUUUGAUUGAUAGUCGUGCAUGUGGUCCAAGCAUCAAGCUAUCAUCUGUUGAUGCCAUCAUCAUAUAUGGUAGUGACUGGAAUCCCAUGAAUGACUUGAGAGCCCUUCAGAAGGUCAGCAUGGAGUCACAGUCUGAACCUGUGCCUAUUUUUCGUUUUUAUUCGUCUUGUACAGUGGAGGAAAAAGCUCUUAUUCUUGCAAAGCAUGAUCAUAUUCUGGAUAGCAAUAUCCUGAAUAUAACCCCUAGCCUGAGCCAUUGUCUGCUCAGUUGGGGUGCAUCAUUUCUCUUCAAUAGACUUGAGGAGUUGCAGAACCCUAGCUACUCAAAUGUCUCUGGUGAUGAACUUUUCAUGGAUAAUGUAGCUUUGGAGUUUUUAUCAAAAUUACUCAGCAAGGUUGAACUAAGCACUGAACCAGGCAAUGCAGCCAUAUCACAAGCUUAUCUGCGUGGAUCUUUCUAUUCUAGAGCUAUUGUUGUAGCUGGUGAGAGUGAGGGAAUUUCAUCAGUUGAUGGUGAUCUGCCAAAGUUCUGUGCCUACUGGUUAAGUUUACUUAAUGGGAGGUCUCCUCAUUGGCAACAUAUAUCUGAGCCAGCACAAAGAAGCCGUAGAAAGAUACAUAACGUGGAACAACAGUUGAAAAACACAGAAGAACAGUUGAAAAUACCUACUGAAGAAACUGAUGAAGCCAGAAUAAAGCGUAGAAGAAUGGGUGAAAUCAUGGAUUCAUCUCCAAAAGACCCACCUGGCAAAAACAAGGACACCGCCAUAUUGCCUGAAAACAAUACCCCAUCUAGUUCUCAUCAAAUAUCAGUUGAAGAUACAUGGCAGGAAUUAGAGCGAAACAAUCUUCAUGGCACACAAAAAGGUCUACACAUUCAACUCAAGCCAGAACUUUCAAAGUUAUAUAAGUUGCUGCAACUGCCGGAGAACGUGAAAUCCUUAUGUGAGGAAUUUCUCGAGUAUAUUUUGAAGAAUCACCAAAUCAGCCAGGAGCCUAAGGGCAUACUGCAUGCAUUCAAUUUAGCUCUGUGCUGGCGUGCUGCUUCUCUCUCAAAGCAUAAAAUCAAUCACACAGAAUCACUCACGCUUGCUGUAAAAAACUUAAACUAUGAGUGCAAAGAAGAACUUGCUGAGUUUGUCUAUGCGAAGCUAAAGAUCCUUAAGAGGAAGUUUGCACGUAGAGCAGGGGAAGUGAGCAAGCAAAAUUCUAUGGCUUCAGUGAGCAACAUAUCAACUUGUGAACAGGACACUUCAGUUAGACUGAGAAAUGAUGAGUUAAUCCCUAGCCAGGUAACUUUAACUGAUGAUAACUUUGAGAAUGGUUCACAUCACGAGGCUACAGGUGACUUUUGGACCGAGGAGAUGGUUUCGGGAGAGAGAGAACUGCUAUCUGACCCAGUAACUCAUGGAGGGGAACGUUUAUCAAGGGAUGAACUUCUCAGCAAAAUAAUGGACAAAAGAAUUAAAUUAGUUGACAAAGUUUUCUCUUUAAGAGGAAGGAGUAUCCAGGAUAAGCAUUCAAACGAGGUUUCAUUUUUAGACAUGCAUAGGCAAAAGGAAGUGGCAAAACUCAAAGGAGCUUGCAGUUUAGUUGUGGAGCAUCUUCGUAGUAGUCAAAAUCACACUGCUCAAGAGGACGGGGAUGGGAAAAUAAAGCUAAUAAUUGAAUGGUUUACUAUGCUGCUGUAUGCUUUUUUGGAACACAUGAAAUGCCAACGUAACAGGCUUGAUAUGCAGCAAUCAGCUUCCAGGAUCAAGGAGUCUCAAUUGAAAGAAGAAACCCUUCAGGCAGCAAAAUGUGGCCAAUUAGAUCAAAAUUUUGAUCAACACAUUCCUUUACCAGAUUUUGAAUUUGCUAUGGAAGAAUUUAGGCACUUCAGGGAAGUAGUUGGUAGCUGCCAUGUUCAUGCAGCUGCUCUGGCAUCAGAGUCUUUGGAUGAUAAUUCAGCAAUGGAAAUUACUUUGGUUCGAAGCGCAAAUGCAUCGGAAGUUAUCGAAGAAGAAGCGCUAAAUAGACCUGCUGAAGUUCUUGUUCAAGGUCCAGCACCAGAAGUUGCCGGUCCAUCAGUGAACAGGAUUUGCAAUUAUUCUGAUGGCAUCAACUCACAAGGAGAUGCAUCUCUGGCUGUUCCUUCAUUGGAACCUUCAAGUGAUGACCUUAGAAGUACUGACCAUGUUGAGGAGAACACAGUUGGCUCACCAGUACAGGGUGAGACAAGCGAACAUUUAGGUGAUGCUGCAAUGGAAGUUGAAACUGGAAAUAGGAACACUGCUUUGGCCGAUUCACCUCACUUUGACACACCAGCUUUGACUGCUCCAUCCAGGCAGGCAACAUUGCCGGUUUCUCGAGAAAUCGAGAUGCAGAGCAAUCUUGUGGACCAAUGUGCACAACAGAGUUUAGUGUCAUCGCAACCUUUGCAGGGAGAGCCGGAACAAGCAGAUUUGUCUAGUGCAGCAUCAGCUCAACCCUUGCAAUCUGAGAGGCAACAAUCAAUCCCUCUUUCCAAUAAUCUGCUUGAAAGAGCACAGCUUGAUCAGAGUCAACCAAAUUAUCAGACAGAUGUGGCACCUGGUUCUGUGCAGUCUGCAGAACUCUUUCCAGUGACAUCAAUGAUGUUUAAUCACCCACCUAUUGAUCCUGAACCACUGAAAAAUGAGUUGCACAAAUUAAGAUUAAACAUGGACGCACUCAAUAAAGUCCAUGAAAUGAAGAAAACCCAACUUCAGACGGAGUGUAGCCAAGAACUAGAGAAGGUAAAGAGAAAAUAUGAUUUGUUAAUUAAAGAGCAUGACUCCACUCAUCUUCAGCAAAAGAAGGCACUUGAUGAUUUUUAUGAGAAAGUUCAACGCAACCAAUCGCUGGCUGAGGAUUUUCGGGCCAAAUUCAUAUCACCGUCUGCAGCACAAGGUGCAGCAAAAGCCCAUACCCCUCCAGUUCGUCACACACCUCAGGCUACGCCACAAGUGAUGAGGCCUCCAGUGUUGGACCCCUCAGCAUCAUCAAUUGCCCUGUCAUCAGCUUGUCGACCACCAGUGCCGAGGCCUAGGGUCCAAGCACCACAGGUGGACCAACCAUCAUCGUCACUGUCACAGUUGUCCCGUCCGUCAUUGCCGUCUUUGCAAGUGGUCCAACCUCCCAACUUGGAACAAGGCAAUCUUUUCAGAGCAACGUCAACGACUCUUAGUCACAUGCCACCUCCACGUGGGAGCUAUGGAGUUCAGAGUGAAUUGGCUCCUCGCUCACCUGCUCCUCAUCUCCAGUUCAGGUCGCCACGGGCACAUUCGAUGCCACCUGGAAAUCAGCAGCGACUGCCAGCAACUAGGGUGGAGGCAAUGUCCUCAAGGACACAACCAGUGCUGGCAGCAAGCUCAUGCCCAUCAGAUAUACAUGCAGGACAGCUGGCAGCCUCAGCCAUGUCAAGUUUACACUCUGUCCUCCCUUCAACCUCAUUGCCCUCAAGCUUGCGUCCUAGUCACCUGGCACAACGUGUGCCACCAACUCCGAACCCAACUUUACAAGCGGCGGCACCGUCAGGCUCGAAUACAACAAUGCCUUCCAUCCCUACAGGCAUGCAUCCACCAGAUUCUGGGUCACUAUCGCUGGAUGCAUGGCUUACAGCUAAUCUUGGGUUGAGUGAUGAUGCGUCUACAGCUCCUACUAAGAAUACAGCCAGUCUUGGGUUGAGCAGUGAUGCACCUAGGGCAGCUCCUGCUACAAAUACGGCCAGUCUUGGGUUGAGCAGUGAUGUGCCUAGGGGGAUGGCUCCUGCUACAAAUAAAGCCAGUCUUGGGUUGAGCAGUGAUGUACCUAGGGGGAUGGCUCCUGCUACAAAUACAGCCAGUCUUAGGUUGAGCAGUGAUUCACCUAGGGCGACGGUUCCUGCUACAAGUACAGCCAGUCUUAGGUUGAGCAGUGAUUCGCCUGGGGCGAUGGCUCCUGCUACAAAUUGUCCUGAGAUACAUGUGGUAUGCUUGUCUGAUGAUGAAUGA